AUGGCGUCGCUGCUGCGGAGGGGGAAGGCUACGCCUUCCAUGCCAGCAGCAAAAGCAGCAGCAAAGCCUGAAGCAGCAGCAGCAGCAAAGCCUGCAGCAGCAGCAGCAAAGACGAAAGCCCCGCUGACACUGAAGGAGAGACAGAAGCAGCAGCAAGAGCUGCGGGAGCGGCUGCUGCAGCAGCAGAAGCAGCAGCAAGGGAAGCCUUUUGCUGCUCCCAAAAUUAAAGCCAAAUUUGUCUCUCAAGUCAAGAAACCUGUUGCUGCACUGGACGCAGCAGCAGCAAAACCAGCAGCAGCAGCAGCAGCAGCAGCAAAGCCAGCAGCAGCAGCAGCAGUAAAACCAGCAGCAGCCGCAGCGAAACCUGCAGCACCAGCAAAGCCUGCACCAGCGGGAGCAGCAAAACCAGAGGCAGCAGCAGCAGCAGCAAAGCCAGCAGCAGCGAAGCCUGCAGCACCAGGAGCAAAGCUUGUGGGGAAAGCGCCUCCUGCUGCUGCUGCUGCUGCUGAUUCCAAGGGCCCGCCAGCAGCAGCAGCAAAGCCCGAAGCAGCAGCAGCAGCAGCAGGAAAAACAGCAGCAGCUGCAGCAUCUCCACCAGCUGCAAAGCCUGUUGCAGCAGACGCAGCAGCAGGGGCCCCCAAGGGGCCCCCGGUGCCCCCAGGGGCCCCCAAGGGGCCCCCGGUGCCCCCAGGGGCCCCCAAGGGUCCCAGUCUUAAGGUAGAUGUGAAGCCUAAGGGGCCCCCGGGGGCCCCCAAGCCCCUGGGGGUUGAAAUAAAGCCAAAGGGGCCCCCGGGGGCCCCCACAGCAAAAAUUGAAAUAAAGCCAAAGGGGCCCCCGGGGGGCCCCCCGGGCCCCAAGGAAGCAGGGGCCCCCAAGGGGCCCCCAGAGUCUGCUGCAGUUAAGUCGAAGCCGGGGCCCCCGGGGGCCCCCAAGGGGGCCCCCAAGGGGGCCUCCGAGGAGGGGGCAAAGCUGGGUGCGAAGCCAGCAGCAGCAGCAGCAAAGACCGCAGCAAAAGGAGACGCAGCAGCAGCAGCAGCAGCAGCAGCAAAGCCUGCAGCAGGGGGCCCCGCCCCCCGGAAAACCCUGGCAGAUUUGCUGGCAGCAGAAAAGAAAAAAAUGGCCCCUAGGAAAACCCUUGCUGAACUUUUGGGUACUAAGGGGGCCCCCGAGGGAGGCCCCCCUAAGGAGGGGGCCCCCGGGGGCCCCGCAGCAGCAGCAGCAGCAGCGGGGGACGCUGGCGGUGCUGCGAAGCAGCAGCCGGUGAGCGAGGAAGCAGCAGCAGCAGCAACAGCAGUGGCUGCGUUUGCUGCUGCUAACCCCGAAGAUUUUGCUGCUUCUCUCAUUUCUGCUGCUGGCAAAAAAGCAGAAAUUCUUUCGAAGUUGAAAACCCUAAACCCUAGCCUUCCCGAGGCGGCGCUGGCCACGGCCCUCAAGAAGCUCCCGGGAGAGCGUUGGGGGCAAGAGCGUAAGAGGCUUCUUGCUGCUGCUGCUGCUGCUGCUGCUGCUCCAAAGGCAGCGGGGGCCCCCGAGGGGCCCCCAACCUCUAAAGGGGGGCCCCCUGCAGAGGCCUCUAAGGCAGGGGCCCCCAAGGAUACCCCCGCAGCUAAGGGGGCCCCCGGGGCCCCGGGGGCCCCCAAGUCCCCGGGGGCCCCCGAAGCCAAGGGGGCCCCACAAGCCAAGGGGGCCCCCCAGGAGAAGAGGUGCAGCCUCGCGGCUGCGGCUGUUCUUUCGGAGUGGAGGAAAACUCAUCCAGAAGAAUUUGAAAAGGAAAUCGGCAAAGACUUGGUGCAGCAGCAAACUGCAAAACUCAAGCAGCAGCAGCAGCAGCAGCAGCAGCAGCAGCCGAAGCAGCAGCAGGAGCCGAAGCAGCAGCUGCAGCCGCAGCAGCCGAAGCAACAGCAGCAGCAGCAGCAGUCGAAGCAACAGCAGCAGCAGCAGCCGAAGCAGCCGCAGCAGCAGCAAGAGCAGAAACACGAGGAGGGGCAGAAGAAGGCGGAGCCGGAGAAGCAGGAGCAGGAGCAGCAGCAGGCGCAGCAGCAGGACCAGCAGCAGCAGCAGCAACAGCAGCAGCAGCAGCAGAGUGCUGAUGCUGCUGCUUCUCCAACUUCAUUUCUUUCCAAAUUCCCCACAGGCCUCCCAAAUGAUUUAAAGGAAAAAAUAAAAAAACAAAAAACCAGAGACCCGGACAAGGCAGUGCUGCUUCUUCAAGAUUCCUUAGACAUGGAGCGUUUGGAUGUGCUGCUGCCGCUGCUGAUAUCCAUGAACGACUAUUUGGCGCUGCUGCUGCUGACUGCGGAGAAGCAGCAAGCCUUGGAAGCAGCAGCAGCGCGACGGCAGCAGCAGCAGCAGCAAGACGCAGCAGCAAAGAAGUCGAGUGCAGCAAAAGCGCGGCCAGGAGCAGCAGCAGCAAAAAGAGACAGCGUUCCUGCUUUUAUGACAAGAGGGCGUGUGGGGUUUGCAGCAAAAGCAGCACAAACAACUGCUGCUGCUGCUGCUGCUGCGAAGCAAAAGGAAGCAGCAGGAGAGCAGCAGCUGCGGAUGUUUGCUGCUGAGGUGUACAGACACCUCAGCUGCUUCCCACAAUUCCUCAUCAUCGGAGCAGCAAAGAAAUGCCUCGCUGCUGGCGUGCGGCGGCUGGAGUGUCCACUGGUGACGGUGCUGCUGCGGAAGUCGGAGGGCUCGCACGUGCAUUUGCUGCUGGUGCACUGGCUGCUGCAGCAGCAGCCGGCGAAGGAUUUGCUGCAGCUCAGCAGCACUUGUGCUGCAUGCAAAGAAGCUGUAGACAUUUUCUUCAGAAGAACUUUAGCUGCGCUGCCCUUCCAGGCCGAGCCAGCCAUCUCAGACAUACAGUACUGGUACAACUGCGUGCGCUUUUUCUUCCAAGCGGCGUGCUGGGUGUCCCCGCUGGACCGGCUGCGCAGCAGCAAAGUUGCUGCUGCUGCGCUGCGGAAAGCAAAAGAAACUUUUCCUGUUGCUGCUGAUGGAAUUAAAUCUUCUGUGUCUGUCACUCUCGACAAAAUCCCCCCCGAAGCAAUUUGCUGCUGCCCCUUCCCCGUCCCCAUGCGCCACACGGCGCUCGGCGCAGCCAGGGUUUGGGGUUGGGCUGGGGGAUAG